AUGAAUCCAAACUAUCCAGCAAGUUUUCAACAAAGCCAACCAUUAACCCUACCAAAUAUCAGACUCUACUCCAAUCCGACACAGCACUCACCUCACCAGUCAAUCCCCCACCCUGGAACUGCUUACCAAUUCACCCCCCAAUUGCAUUCCGAUGGCACCCUUGCUAAUCACGGUGGUAGCUUGGAUAAUCUUGAUGGUGAUUUUGACAAUCAUGGCAGUGGCUUCGACAAUCAUACUGGCCGUUUCAGCGAUCAUGGCAAUGGUUUUGACAACUACGGCGGCACCGACGGUGGUCAUGGUCUCGAAAAUCACAGCAGAGGUUUCGACAAUCACACCGGCAGUUUCAGUAAUCAAGGCGGCGGUUUCGACCAUUACGGCGGUGAUCGCGGUCUCGAAAAUUACGAUGACCAUUUGGACAAUCAUGGCAGCGGUUGCGACAGUUACACCGCUGGUUUCAGCAAUCAUGACAACACUUUCGACAAUCCCAGCGGCAAUGCCGACCAUAGAGGCCACACGAUUAAUCAUACCUCUGAAGGUCAACACCGUUCAGAUGCCAAUGCCAGUGCUUCCGGAGGUCAGGCAUCUACUAUCACCGCGCGUCAAGCUCAAUGCCCUAGUAGAUCCAACGUUCCAGCCACCACAGUCCAUGCCGCUGGCAAGCAAGGAAUGACCAGGCCCACUGCAGGUCAAGCUCAACCCACUGCUAGAACCGAUGCCGCAGCCACCACAGUCGAUUCCGCUGGCGAGCAAGAAGCCACCAUUAGGCCUAAUCCCGGCCGACGGGCCCCUCCAACACGCGAAAUCAAUCAAAUCCUCAAAAGGUUGGCCAAGGAUAGACAGCCUUCUAACCCCAAAAACCCCAGUCAUCCAGCCCCAGUCAUCGAUCCAACAACCGAGGCCACAACCAAUCCGAGCUUGGCCAACAAUGAAGGAAAUGAGACUAGUGUGACCAACCUUGUCCCUACCACUGAUAUUCGCCGCAACAACCCAGAUGGUGAACAUGGGGACAACGAUGACGAACGCCUCACCGAGAUACCCGAAGAUAUAAUGGACGAAAUUGUAGGUAUGGAUCUUGACGAGUUGCGUGAAUAUGAAGCUCUCCAUGCCCAGUCCAAACGACUUCCAGCGUACCUUAAAGCCGAGGUGGACGACAUGUACUAUGAGUUUGAAAGACAACUCCACAUACUAGCUAUCAAACACCAACUCCAUGCUACACUUCUAUACACUCAUAUUGGUCAGACCAAUCGAAUGCGAGGGGCCACGAACUACAAUAAUUUUUGCCGCUUUGAUCCUAAAGCACGAGAGGUCUUCUCGGCAAAAGAUCAGCCACUCAAGGAACGAUGCAAGGGAGUGGCUAAGCUAUGGAACGAGCUGGAUCCCGAUAUUAAGAUAAAGUAUAAGGACCCCGACUAUAUUGAAUCCAUUCGCGGCAAUGUUCCUAUUGUAGUCGUGAAUGGGGAAAUCCAGACUGCCCGAAAGACUCAUGUGGCAAAUACAACACUCUACCUUGGAUCUAACAAGCAAAGUGUUUCAUUUGUCAAGCGAUGGUUCAAAGACACUGUUGAUCGCAUGAACGAGAUAGCCAAUUGCCACCGUAUUCAAGGGAUGUUGAUUGUUGCCUCCGCUCGAUCUUCCGGUGACCUUUUUUUGCAAGGUGGCACAAAAAUGGGCAACAACUUCAUGCACAUGCUUGUUGAUGCUGGCGAUCCCUUGCGCAAGUUUCAUCCCUAUGUCGCUGGACUGUCUGUCAUCGAAGAACUAACAAAUCAAGCAGGUGAAGUCAGCGUUCCGGUUGGCAAAACAGCCGGCAACAAUGCAUCCGGCUCCGCGCAAGCGACUCGGAAAAGGAAGCACACUGCGAUUGAUGAAGACAAUGAUAGUUCCCCACAGGAUAAAUACUGUACAGGGACUCUCAAGGAAAGCAAGAAGAUCAUCAGCAGGGAGCUGCUCAAGCUACUGAAUGCUGUGAGCAACAAGCAUUUCCGCGCUUGGCCGGGCACAAAUUGUGCCCGCGAGCUCAAAGCAGCAAAUAUCAAACUGACGAUCAAGAAGAACCCCGAACAUUUUAAUGCAAAUGAGCUCUGUCAACCAAUCAAUGCAAUUAAGAUCAUCCCAGCUCAGAGGAUACGGCGCGCGAUUGGUGAAGGAUGGAUUCAGCUGAAACACGAAAAUAAUCACGAAGGCACCAAUGCAGCCUCUAAAAAGAAAAACCAAUCCAAGAACCCUGCUACUCGACGCGUGGCCAAAACCAAACAAUAUAAAAAGAGAGUAUCAGCUGCAUCUGAUGAAGAUAGCAAUGAAGAGUCUGUGUCUGAAGAUGAUGAUGAAAGCGAGGAUGGCCCUGGAGAUUCCGGGGAUUCUGAGAGUGAUGGUAAUUAG